CUGGCAGGGGGAGGAAGAGGGUGGCACCUCUGACCAGUGGCCUGGUGUCCAGAGAGCCGGCCGGCCUGGUGGUCUGUACUCACCAGUUAGCCAGGUGGGGUUCGCUUCAGUAACCUGCCACGGUCCCUCAUCCUGGCCUCCUCGGAGCCCUGGCUGCUCCUGCCUGAGUGCCCAGCCUCUCUCGUGUCCCCAGAGCCUGCCCGCUGCUGGCGGGACCACGGCUGCAGGCCGCCCACCUGACCGUCCGGGAAGAUGAGCGCCUGCGGGAGGAAGGCGCUGACCCUGCUGAGCAGCGUCUUUGCCGUGUGCGGCCUGGGCCUCCUGGGCAUCGCUGUCAGCACCGACUACUGGCUGUACCUGGAGGAGGGCGUGGUCCUGCCCCAGAACCAGAGCACGGAGAUCAGGAUGUCCCUGCACUCGGGCCUGUGGCGCGUCUGCUUCCUCGCAGGUGAGGAGCGCGGACGCUGCUUCACCAUAGAGUACGUGAUGCCCAUGAACAGCCAGCUGACAUCCGAGUCCACGGUCAACGUUCUGAAAAUGAUUCGCUCGGCCACGCCGUUCCCUCUGGUCAGUCUCUUCUUCAUGUUCAUUGGGUUUAUCCUGAGCAACAUCGGGCACAUCCGUCCGCACAGGACCAUCCUGGCCUUUGUCUCCGGCAUCUUCUUCAUCCUCUCGGGCCUCUCUCUGGUGGUGGGCCUGGUGCUCUACAUCUCCAGCAUCAACGACGAGAUGCUCAACAGGACCAAGGACGCGGACACCUACUUCAGCUACAAGUACGGCUGGUCCUUCGCCUUCUCUGCCAUCUCCUUCCUCUUAACGGAGAGCGCGGGCGUGAUGUCCGUGUACCUGUUCAUGAAGAGGUACACCGCCGAGGACAUGUACAGGCCUCACCCCGGCUUCUACCGCCCGCGGCUGAGCAACUGCUCCGACUACUCAGGCCAGUUCCUGCACCCAGACGCCUGGGUCCGGGGCCGCAGCCCCUCCGACAUCUCCAGCGACGCCUCGCUGCAGAUGAACAGCAACUACCCAGCCUUGCUCAAGUGCCCUGACUACGACCAGAUGUCGUCCUCGCCCUGCUGAGCUCACUGCCUACCCGCCCUCCCCUGACCCCAUCCCCCGAACCCUCCACUUCCCCCCACCCCCCACCCCAGGACCGCGGAUGGCCAGACAGCCUCUCUGGGGCUCGCCCCUGCUGGCCUGUGUGCCCUGGGCCCAGCCUGUGGUGGACAGGCCAAGGCCGCCCCCACGCUUAGCUGUUGUCACAUGACCAUGUUGUCUCCCUGCUUCCCCCACAAUGUCUCUAACUGCCCCCCAGUGGUGUCAGGAGUCUGGAGCCAGUGGGCAAGUGGAUUGGCAGAGAGCAUGGGUGUAGCCCCGCCUCUUGAGUGCCAAUCACUCCAGCCGCUCUCCCCUUUCCUGAGACAGGUGGGUGUCUAGCCAUGUAUUCAUCCCUGCACACCCAACUUCAUGGCCCCAGGCCAAGGCCAGCUCUGGGACGCCAAGCUCCUGCCACACCCCCAGCUGGACGAGUGUCUGUCAGUGGGCCUGGCCCUCACAUUCAGGAUCUGGCCCAUCGGACAAAAGGUGACGGAUAGGGCAGUCUGGCUGGUUCUGCGUUGCCAAGCAGUGUCCUUGUGAAAUCUUUUAUUCUUUUUGUCACCACGUCCCUCCAUACAACACACCCGUCUGUGCUGUCCCCUCCCCCUCUGCCCACAGACUGACUCCUUCUCCCACCAGAACUCAGCUGCCCAUCUUGGUCCCCAGGGGCAGAGGGCACUCUGAGGCCACUCUGACGAAGUCACAAGGAGGUGUUAGUGGCUGAUGAUGUCUUACUAUGUAUGGCCCCUCCAUGACGUGACGUAUUCAACAGGGGUCUUUCAUGCCUUAACCCCAAGAAGUGACUCUGGUGAUGAGAA